UCCUUCGACAUUUGUUUAUUUUGAAAAUGACGGGCCAUCAGAAGUGGCACGUGUUUGUUGGUACUGAAAUUGGAUUGCUAAAAGGUGUUGACACUGAAAAGAAAACAUUUUCUAAUUUGAAUCCUGUGGAGAAUCUGAAUAAAGAUGAUGAAAUCACUGCUAUAUGUUGGGAAGAUUCAUCUGAAAAAAAGGUCUAUACUGGACACAAAAACCAAGUUGUCAAAAUUUUUGAUUGUGAAAUAGAAUCUUUUGUAUCAACUCGUACGUGUCAUGUUGGUGAAGGAGGAAUAAAGGGAAUUUAUCCAUAUGAUGGAAAGUUGGUCACAGCAGUAGAAUCUGGCAUUGUAAAAUUAUGGAAUAAAGAUGGAGAAAAGGAUGUUGAAAUUAAUACUGGUGAUAAUUUAUGUAAAAUGACUCCUAAUCCAUUUUCCAAUUUACAAGUGGGGACAGGUGGUGAAGAAAAUGACUUAAAAAUUUGGGAUUUAAGUAUGCCUAAUACUCCUGUGUUUCAAGCAAAAAAUGUUAGGAAUGACUUUUUAGAUUUGCGGGUUCCUGUAUGGAUAACAGACUUAAAGUUUAAAUCGGUUGAUAAAAUUAUAACUUGCACUCGCCAUCAUCAAGUUCGACUGUAUGAUACAAGAGCUCAAAGACGACCAGUUAUAGAUAUGGAAUUUGAGCGUUAUCCUCUUAUGUCUCUAUCUUUAGCUCACAAUGAUAAUCAAGUUGUUGUUGGAAGCAGCAGAGGUAGAAUGGCCUUGUUAGAUCUCAGAAAGAAACUUUUGGUCCAUGUUUUUAAAGGUUUUGCUGGCAGCAUUCGUAGUAUACAAUGUCACCCAUCACUUCCACUUGUUGCUUCAUGUGGAUUGGACAGAUUUUUGAGAAUACAUGAUUUGAAUCAGCAUAAAUUAUUGAAAAAGAUAUAUUUAAAAACAAGACUGAACUGUCUUCUGUAUCGAGCAGAUAUUUCUAGUUCUAAUGAAACAGCUAUUGAGCCAAAAGAAGCCACACCACAAAUUGUCGAUGCUGAAGAAGAAGACAUCUGGAAUGCAAUGCCUCUUGUGAAAGAAAGUAAUAAGCAAAAAAGAGUUUCUAGUGAUGCUGAUGCAAAGCCAUCUAAAAAGAAAAAGAAAGAUCAAAUUGUUUCUUCAUGAUGACACAGGAGUUAUAGAAACCAUCAUACAAUUUUGUAAAAAUAAUGUAAAUAAAUCAUUGCAUUGUC